AAGUAUGUCACAGUGAUGAGUGAUCUCAAAUCCCUUUUAUCUAGUUUGGCACAUUUUCCCUCCACAGUGAGAAGAUUGCUCACCUCUGGCAUUGUGAUUCAGGUGUUCCCACUGCAUGAUAACGAAGCCCUAAAGAAGCUUGAAGACAGCUGGUACACCCGGUUUACUUUGAAGUAUCAGCCCCUAGACCGUAUUCGUGGCUACUUUGGGGAAACAAUCGCUCUUUACUUUGGAUUUUUGGAAUAUUUCACUGUUGCCUUAAUCCCUAUGGCAGUCAUUGGGUUACCUUACUAUUUGUUUGUGUGGGAAGACUAUGACAAGUAUGUGAUCUUCGCCUCCUUCAACCUGAUCUGGUCCACAGUGAUCCUGGAAGUGUGGAAGCGUGGCUGUGCCAAUAUGACCUACAGGUGGGGGACACUUGUCAUGAAGAGACAGUUUGAGGAGCCCCGGCCGGGAUUCCAUGGGGUCCUGGGUAUCAAUCCCAUCACUGGUAGGGAGGAACCUCUCUACCCCAGCUACAAGAGGCAGUUGCGCAUUUACCUGGUCUCGCUGCCCUUUGUGUGCCUCUGUCUCUAUUUCUGCCUGUAUGUCAUGAUGAUUUACUUUGACAUGGAGGCCUGGGCCUUGAGUCUACAUGAGAGCAGCGGAUCCGAGUGGACCAGCGUCCUGUUGUAUGUGCCCAGCAUCAUCUAUGCCAUUGUGAUUGAGAUCAUGAACCGCCUCUAUCGAUACGCUGCCGAAUUUCUAACUUCAUGGGAGAAUCACAGAUUGGAAUCUGCCUACCAGAAUCAUCUAAUUCUGAAAGUUUUAGUGUUCAACUUUCUGAAUUGCUUCGCCUCGCUUUUUUACAUUGCUUUCGUCUUGAGGGAUAUGAAGCUGUUGCGUCAGAGCUUGGCCACUCUCCUCAUUACCUCCCAGAUCCUUAACCAAAUUAUGGAAUCUCUUCUUCCCUACUGGCUCCAAAAGAAGCACCAUGUGCAGGUGAAGAGGAAGGUGCAGGCAUUAAAAGCGGACAUCGAUGCUACAGUAUAUGAACAAGUUGUCCUGGAAAAAGAAAUGGGAACCUACUUGGGCACCUUUGAUGAUUACUUGGAAUUAUUCCUUCAGUUUGGUUAUGUGAGCCUUUUCUCCUGCGUUUACCCAUUAGCAGCUGCCUUUGCUGUGUUAAAUAACUUCACUGAAGUUAAUUCAGAUGCCUUAAAAAUGUGCAGAGUCCUCAAACGGCCAUUCUCAGAACCUUCAGCCAAUAUUGGUGUAUGGCAGCUGGCUUUUGAAACAAUGAGUGUCAUAUCUGUGGUCACCAACUGUGCUCUAAUUGGAAUGUCACCACAAGUGAACGCCCUCUUCCCAGAGUCAAAAUUGGACCUCAUUUUGAUUGUAGUAGCAGUGGAGCAUGCACUCCUGGCUUUAAAGUUUAUACUUGCAUUUGCCAUACCUGAUAAACCACAGCAUAUCCAGAUGAAACUGGCCAGAUUGGAGUUUGAGUCUUUGGAGGCACUCAAGCAGCAGCAAAUGAAGCUCAUGGCCCAGAACCUGAAGGAGGAAUCGAGGGAAGGCAAUAAGGAGGAGGAGGCCUGAGUGCCCUCCCGGGCCGCCCUGAGCCAAGGCAGAGGGGCACCUGGAGCAAUGCGGCGUCCCCUGACCCCAGACCCGGAGCUGCGUGGCCAUAAGCGGCGGCGCCGCGCCCCGCUCUGCGGUGUCCCGGUGAGGGCCGGCGGGGAGGACAGCCGAGACCCAGCUCCUCCCAGGCCCCCACCCGGCCUGCUCCUGCCUUCCCGUCCCUGCCCAGGCCCCCCCAGCACCCCCCAUGCAGCGGCCCGGCCAUGGGGGCUGGGCGGCGGGUCAGGCCGAGCACCCCCCGCGCCACCAGCGGGGCCGGUCUGCGGGGGUUCGGGCCUGGGGAAGGGGGGCGAGGCAGUGUUUCCAGCACCCGGACAGCUCUAAACACCUCUUGCCUGGUUCUGUUUUGCGGUAUGUUAACAGACCCUUUCUCAACAAAAGCCGUCGUAACUGAGCGAUUAAAGGCAACACGUACCUCUCUGA